AUGUACGAAACUCAGGAUGUCAUAGCGAGCAUCCUCCCCCAGCUAUUCGAGCAUUCGGAUAUCUUGAUAACCAAACUCGCCCCGGAGCUAUUCCAAUCCAUCAGGAAUACACCUCUUGAGACCACAGAUCCCACUAACGCGCUCAUAGAACGCGCCAUCGCUAUCAUUCACGCAUGGAAUGCACAUGAACAAGCAGAAUUCAUCGCCGCACAUCCAAGGAUCGGGGCAAUCAAACAACUCUCUGCGUUGAGUGCCAAAGAGCAAAGUGGUGGCCUCUCUGCUACCACAAGGUUGCAGACACCCCCAGAGGUGUUGAAACGGCUAGAACACCUUAACGCGUGUUACGAGCGUGUGUACUCUGGACUGAGGUACAUCACGUUCGUGAACGGGAGAACUAGGGCCGCAAUUGCAAGGGAGAUGGAGGACAAGUUACAGCUUGGGCAUCCUUUGGAGAGCUAUCCAGAUGGGCCUCCGCUGAACGAGCCUACGGCAGAAAGCCUGAUCUGUGUCGCGAAGAACAGUGAGGAUUGGUUGCACGAACUGACACGAGCGGUGGAUGAUGUAGGGGAAAUUGCUAAGAGUAGACAGAAGUCAUUGGGGUUGUGA